CACAAACUGGGUCUGGGUCGACCCCCUGAGCCAGCGGACCAACAUCUACGUUCUUUUGCUACAUCUUAAUCGACAGUUUUGACGUGCCUGCAUUUUUCGGACACCGCAACCAGGUCUCAUAUUCUCAUCACCAGCCAACUUUCGCCGCAUCAAUUCCUCUCUUUUCCUCUCACUAUCUCUAACUCCCUCUCCUCCCUCCCUCCAUGUUGCCGCGGUGGCUAGCCCUAUCGCUAGCGUCGGGCGCGGCUCUCCCCGCCGCCCUCGCUCAGCAGGCCGGGUCUUUCGUCCAGGCUGGUAACACCCAAGUCAGCGCCAUGAUGAUGUUCCUCGGGAAUGAGGAAAAGGUGUACAUGCUAGACAAGUCGGAAGCGAACGCUGCAAAGGUCAACGGGCACCCCGCUUGGGGAUCGGUAUGGGACCUCAAUACCCACUCGGCCACCACCAUGGACAUCUACUCCAACACCUUCUGCGCGUCGGGCCACCACCUCCCCAACGGCUCCUACGUCACCUUCGGCGGGAACUCCGCCGUCGGCCCGCCCUCCACCACGCCGCAGAACACGACGUACGACGCGACGUGGAAGGACUACGACGGCACGCGCGCGAUCCGCAUCCUGAACCCGUGCACGAGCAAGGACAACUUCAACAGCGCGAACUGCCAGUGGUGGGAGAACGCCAACGUGCUCCAGAUGCAGAAGCAGCGCUGGUACUCGGCCGCGGAGGCGCUCGCCAACGGCACCAUCGUCCUCAUCGGCGGCUUCAGGAACGGCGGGUACAUUAACAGGAACUAUCCGAAUACGGAUCCGCUCUACCAGGGUGGCGAACAGUGGGGUGGGGCUGAACCGACGUUCGAGUUUUAUCCGAGCCUUGGGACGGCGCAGGUUAUGAAGUUUAUGGGGACGACGUCGGGCCUGAAUGCGUAUGCGCAUACGUUCCUUAUGCCGUCGGGCAAGAUGUUUGUUCAGGCUAACCUUUCGACGGUUCUCUGGGACUACAACGCCAACGUCGAGACGCCCCUGCCAGCCAUGCCCAACGGCGUCGUGCGCGUCUACCCCGCGUCGGGCGGCACCGCCAUGCUCCCGCUCACACCUGCGAACAACUACACCCCUACAAUCAUUUUCUGCGGUGGCUCUGACAUGCCCGACCAGUACUGGGGCAACUACUCGUGGCCAUUCUAUAACACCUGGACAUACCCCGCCUCGGACGACUGCCAGCUGAUCACACCCGAGCCGCAGGACGGCUCUGCCCCCAAGUAUACGCAGGAGCAGUCCAUGCCUGCCGGACGCACGAUGGGCCAAUUCAUCACCCUGCCCGACCAGACGAUGCUCAUGGUCAACGGCGCAGCCAACGGCACGGCCGGCUUCGCUGACCGCACCCUCCAAGCAACCACUCAAGACCAGAUGCCGUACUUUCAGUCACUCGCAGCUGGUCCCGUUGGUCUGCCUGCGCUCUACAACCCCAGCGCGCCGCAGGGCCAGCGGUGGAGUACCGCCGGCCUGGAGAACACGAACAUCGCGCGGAUGUAUCACUCGAGCGCGAUGCUCCUCCCUGAUGCGAGUGUGCUUAUUGCGGGCUCGAACCCGAAUAUUCUGGCCAACACGACCUCGGUCUACCCGACGCAGUAUACCGCCGAGAUCUUCUACCCGCCCUACUUCUCUGCCAAGACGCGUCCGUCGGUGUCCGGCCAGCCCUCGACGCUCACGUACGGCGGGAACCCCUUCAAUCUCACGAUCGCCAAGGGAACAUACGAUGGCGCGCCGAACAGCGUCGCCGCGAACACGACGGUUGUUCUCACCCGCGGCGGCUUCACGACGCACGGGAUGAACAUGGGCCAACGUCUGCUGCAGCUCAACAACACAUACACGGUCAAUAGCGACGGCUCGAUCACGCUGCACGUCGCACAGGUCCCGCCGAACCCGAACCUGCUCACGCCCGGCCCAUGCUUGCUCUUCGUCGUCGCGGACGGGAUACCAAGCACGGGCGCGAUGGUCACCGUCGGCUCGGGCAAGGUCGAGGACCAGCCCAUGCAGGCCGCCUCCGUCCUGCCCACUUCCGUCACAGCCACGAACGGGGACAAACCCGUGUCGGUGUCGUCCUCGGGGACCUCGCACACCGCGAUCAUCGCGGGCGUCGUCGGCGGCGUCGCCGCGCUCGCCAUCGUCGGCGUCGUGCUCUGGAUCUGCAUGGGCCGACAGAGCCACAAGAAGGCUGCCGCGCGCGACGCGGGGUUCGCGACGAACGCGGGGAACCGGAUCAGCGCGAUGGCGGGCACGCUGCGCGGCCCCUUUGGCGGCGGGGGUGGAGGGUCGGGCAACGGGCGGAACAGCGAUACGAGCGCGUUUGUGCCGCUGCAGGAGGCGCCGAGCUCGAGCCAGGUGUGGGGGCAGCAUCCGCCUGGAUCGCAGCCUGGGGGCGGGGCGGCGCCGGCGUACGAUGCGGGUAGCCCGUAUGGUGUGAGCAGUCCGUAUGCGCAGAGCACGGGGGCGAUGCAUCAGCCGUAUGGGCCGGGGUCGCCGUAUUCGCCGCAGCGCGCGCCGUCGCCGUACCGGGACUUUGAGUAGAGCGGUGCGAGGUACGAGUAGAGCGGUGAGCAACCAAAGGGGAGGGGUUGAGGCGAUAGGGAAGGGAAGGGAGAGGCGGCGGCACGGACCCUCUUUUGGUUACAUGACGGGUAGUAAUCCAUCCAGCAGUACUUGCUUACACACGGACAUGGUAUUAGAUCUUUGAUGAUUUGCACGUAGGGCGGAUUGCUAGUACUUGGUCUCUCUUUUUCUUUUCUUUCCCUACUUCAUAAGUGUUUUGCUUGACUUAGCCUUUCUGAUAUAUCAGUCGAUAUUGCAAUCCAUACUCAGUCGUGCAUGAUACGAUACAGAAUUGGCCGAAAGGCUGGUGUUCGCGUUGACGCGUCGCGGUUGGCUUAUCUGAGUCCACCACCUUCCCACUGCC